AUAAAAGUCAUAAGUAGAGUGUAACAACUUUUUAUCUGAUAUAACGCAGGUAUAAAAAAAAAACUGUUUAAUUGGGUGCGAACUCAAAAUGACUUCCCCACAUAAAGACAUUCUUAUCGAAAUUCCUGACGACAAACUGCCCCAGCUAGCAAAUUUGUAUAAAGAAAAAGCUCCCUGGGCCCCCCACAUGGUGAGUUUCAUUGACAUGGCGAUAAAAUGGAAAAAAACGGAGAUAUACCGCGACACAUUGCAUAUUUUUUCGCCGAAUGAUUCAUGGAAAACGGAUGGCACUAUCAUUGCUAGAAUAAUCCUAAUGAACGGACAUCAGGACAUAAUGGUCUUUACUUUGGACGAUCAAUGCACUAAUCUUUACCAAGGACUCAUGGAAACCCUUCUUCUGAAUUACAACAACAUUAAAACCUGUUUUUACGGUGUUCAUGAAAAACACAUUUAUUUCAUAAAAACUUUUCUGAAUGAGAAAAAUCUUGCGAUGGAUUUCCUUGUCCCGAUGCAUGUUUAUUGCAUUUCACCAGAAGAAGCACGCAAAUUUACGAUAGAGUGCCCCCCUGAAGUCUACCUGAAAAAAUUGGACCCGAGUGCAGGCCAACAAAUGAACGCAACAUGGCUUCACAGAUUUCCAGGUUCGGAUAAAUAUUUAACGAGUUUUAUUGACGCGAAUGGAGGAUAUGGAGUUUUCCUGAAAUCAACCCAUGAGAUGGUAGCGUGGGUUUUGAGGCACGCAUGGGGCCAUUUGGCGAUUCUUCAGACCCAAGAAGCACACAAACGGAAAGGUUAUGCUAGUUUAGUGACUAAAGCCCUAUCGAAGGAGAUAGCAAACGAGGGACAUUGGCCCCUAGGGACCAUUCUUUUGAAGAACAGGAUAUCGAUCAAUAUGUUUGAAAAAUUGGGGUUUAACAGUAUUGGUAUUUGUAAUUUUAUUCUUGUUGAUACACGUGCUAAUAAAUAAAUUCACUGUAAUCAACUGGAUUUAUUUUAGCAAAAUUUAGAUUAUAAAAAAAUCUGUUCUAUCAUAGAAAACUGCACCUUACUAAAGUUGGAGCACUCAAAGUAAAAUACAAUAAAAAAAUACUUAAUUUCCAAAAGGAAAAAAGACAAAAGUCUAGGCAACAUGCAAAUUUAUAUUGUUUUAAUUAAUUUACGACACCUACUAAUAUCGAAACCAAGUGAGGAAAAAUCUUAUUCCAAAUAAACAUCUGUAUUUUAGCUUCUGCACCCAGAUUUAUCACCGUCAUUAACAGCCAUGGCACCUCUUGUAACAGCAGCAACAAAAUCACUGUUAACUUUAAAAUUAAAGCUACAAAAGAUAAAUUUUUAGUCUUCAACAUACUUCUUCUAUUUUACUAUUUUCAGGUCUUAUGGCAUCAAUGGUAUGUUCCAUCAUGGGUGCAGUCUAACUAUAAAUUUGUUACAGAGUUGCAACACGUUCAAAUGGGUGCCUUUGACUCUUCUUUUAGAGUGGAGAAAUUUAGAAUUUUUUAAACAUUUUGCCAUGUUCCUUACUUGGAAUUUUUCUCUGGGGCUCGAGUUCUGAAACACCCGCUAGUAUCUGUAAAAGUGUUGUGUGCUGACGGGGCCUUACUAUAAUAGUGGUACUUAGUUAUUUAUUUUCAGUCUUGUUAGAUAACAAUAACGUAUAGCUUCUGUGCAAGAAUAUUAUUGUAUUAGUGAACAUUUAUUAUUCUUUUCAGCAAUUCCAAAUCUGAGGUUUUAUAAUUUUACGUACUAAGCAUAUAUUUUUAUAUUAAACAUAUU